AUGUUGCAGGCAAAAGUGGGGGCAUCAGAGGAUGAUAAUGUCCCAGGUCUCAGGCGAGUCCUGGGACGGCCGCCAAAGCAUUUGCUCCACACACCCAUGUAUUUCUUUCUGGCUAAUCUGGCAGUUCUGGAGACCUUUUACUCUUCCACUGUUGCCCCUCUGGCUUUGGUCAGCUUCCUGACCUUGGGGAGAAUACUCAUCUCUUUCACUGGCUGUGGCACACAGAUGUUCUUCUUUGUCUUUCUGGGCAGUGCUGACUGCAUCCUCUUGGGGAUCAUGGCUUAUGAUCGGCUUGUAGCUAUCCAGGAUCCCUUCUGUUACUCCUUCCUCAUGAGAUGGCAGCUGUGCACCCAGCUGGCUAUGGGAGCCCUGGUCCUUGGUUUCAUUCCAGCCUUACAACUGACAAUUCUCAUUUUCCUUCUGCCAUUUUGUGGCCACAGUAGAAUCCCUCACUUCUAUUGUGAUGUAUUCCCGAUCUUGCGGUUGGCAUGUGGAGAUACUCGAAUGCAAGAAGCCAUGAUCUUCAUUGUCAGUGUCAUCAUCCUUACCCUUCCCUUUUCCCUGAUCUCCAUCUCAUACAUCUUCAUCGUGGCUGCCAUCCUGAAGAUCUACUCAGCAGAGGGACGGCACAAGACCUUCCACCUGCUCUUCUCAUCUGACUGUGGUUCUCCUCCAAUACAGCUGCUGCAGCCUUAUCUAUUUACGCCCCAGCUCCAGCUACAACCCAGAAAUGGGCCGGAUGGUGUCUGUUGUCUACAUCUUUGUCACCCCUGUCUUGAAUCCCUUGAUCUACAGUAUAAGAAACAAGGAGCUGAAAGAUGCACUGAAUAA